AAAUUUGCUUUAAAUUUGAAAAAUGAUUGAAAAAAAUUAUUGCAAUGUUUCAGGUGACGCCGGGUCUCCUCAGCGCCGCUAGUUCUCCGUAAACUGUAAAAAUGGUGAGCCCUAGCUCCAGAAGAAUGAUUGGCAACGUGAGGUCCUUCGUUGGCAACUCACUGGGAGGAUUGCGAGGCUGGAGUAAUCUAGCCUCCUGGGCCGUCGCCGGCACUCUCGCGUAUUUCCUCUGGGUCAAGCCCGCCCGCGAGCUCAAGGCCGAGCAGGAGAGGGCAGCUUUGGCUGCAGCUUCAGAUCCUAAUCGUUACAUUGAGAAAAGAAGGCCCAUUCCUGAUCCACAGGACACCGGCUUGAUAUAUGGCAAGAGAACUGAAACCAGAAAACCACAGAACUGAUCCAUCAUUACAUUUUACAUAAUGGACACAAGCCCUCCUUUCUAUUAUUGCUAAUAUAUUUACAGUUCCAAUUAUUUGCUCAUCAUUUUUUAAAGUCUGCUUUAAUGCGACUUUGAUUUGAAUCAGAAAAUAAUAUAAAGUAAUAAACCUUUUCUGUUUCACUCAUGUAACUGCUAAUAAACCUUUGAACCUGUCCAUGAAUUAUAUAUAUGUAUAUGAUUUGUGUUGUUCAUAUUUUAGUUUAUUCUU